AUGACAAGAGCUGUGUUUCUGAAAGUUGAUAAUUUUGGGGCUCCAGUUGCUGGAUCCUCGUCAGGUGUGAUUACCUUACCAUCUGCUCCAUUGGACCCCAAUUACAAAGAAGGAGACAUUUUGCUACAACUUCAUAUUAUAAUAGAAGCUGGAAGUACCAUAGCCAAUAAGGGUGACUUGUGGCACAAUGUCCCAUCAUCUUUUGUUAAAAAAUUUGAAAGAGACAAGUUUUACCAGCAGAAAAUUACUUGUAGCCUAUACGAAGAUACUGUUAUUGCUAUUCCAAUUUACAAACCAGGCAGUUUCUCCUACUUCAUUUCUUACCAGGAUGAAGAAUUAGAUGUUCAGAAAACAACCCGCCAAUAUUACUUUAUUUCGCCUCCCAAUAUCUAUAUAAACGGUUCCUAUCUGCCCUUCAAUAAUAUAAGCCUGCAGUCGGUAGUGUCUAAGUGGAUGGGUAAUGAUUUAGUGGCAUGGGAACGAAUAUUCGAUAAGAUUUCAAAAAAGGGCUACAAUAUGAUUCAUUUUACUCCGUUACAAUCACGAGGGGAAUCAAAUUCGCCAUAUUCAAUAUACGAUCAACUUCAGUUUGAUCCAACGAUUUUCAAUUCUGAAACAGAAGUUGAACAAAUGGUAUCUCGGUUACAUGAGGAGCACGGUAUCCUUUCUAUGACUGACGUGGUCUGGAACCACACAGCAAAUAACUCAGCUUGGUUGAGAUCUCACCCAGAAGCUGGUUAUAAUCGCGAGACUUCUCCACAUCUUAUCUCAGCGAUUGAGUUAGACCUUCGCUUGAAAGAAUUUAGUAACAGUAUGGCCAACCACGGGUACCCGACUACUAUAAAAUCCACUGAUGACAUACUAACUAUCAUGGAUGGAAUAAAAGUACACGUUCUAGGAGAUCUCAAAUUGUGGCAGUUUUAUGUUCUUGAUGUUAGAAGCCACGUUGCUGAGUUAAGAGAACACUGGGAAACAAGUCUCCAGGGAAACAUCAAAAUUGGGCUACCACAGGAUUCUUAUGAAGACUAUUCUAAACUAGCCGAAUUCGUCAAGGAUACAUGUCUUACUCGGCCAUUCCACCUUGCAGAGCGCAAUGCCAACCGCCUAGAUAUUAGCUCCUUUGCGUGCAUUUUGGCUUCCAUUCUCGAUACGACCGAAUACUCUUCAGAGGUAGAAAAUAGGGCUACUAGAAUUUUAAAUGAGAUCAACCUCCCACAAUACAAAAUCUACGAUGAAGAUUCUAACGAAAUUUUAGAACAGUUAUUCAAUAGGAUUAAGUACCUUCGUCUUGAGGAACAUGGGCCUCAACUUGGUGAGAUAACAACUAAAACUCCUCUUACCGAGCCCUAUUUUACGGUUUUCAAGGACAAGAAUGGUAAACAGUGGGAACUGGCCAACAAUGGCUGGAUUUGGGGCGGUAACCCUUUGGUAGAUUUUGCUUCGCGUCAAACUAAAUCAUACUUGCGAAGAGAGGUUAUUAUCUGGGGCGAUUGUGUCAAACUUAGAUAUGGGAGUGGUCCAGACGAUUCGCCUUACUUAUGGAAUAGGAUGGUUCAAUACACUCAGAAAUGUGCUAAAAUGUUUGAUGGAUUUCGUAUUGACAACUGUCACUCGACCCCUUUACAUGUUGGAGAAGCCCUACUUGAUGCUGCAAGAGAAGUCAAUCCAAAUCUUUAUGUUGUUGCAGAACUCUUUUCGGGAAGUGAAGAGUUGGACAUACUCUUUGUAGAACGACUGGCUAUUUGCUCAUUGAUAAGGGAAGCCAUGCAAGCUUAUUCAGUAGGGGAAUUAUCUAGAUUGCUUCAUCGCCAUGGAGGAGGGCCUAUCGGCUCUCUCCGUUGGUUACCAUUAGAUGAGUUCUCAUACCCUGCAACCAAAGAGUCCCAGGUUAUUACUGCUAAUGCUUUUAUUGACAAAGCGUCCGAGAUUCCCGUUCCUCGUGUGUGUUUUAGGAAUGCGCCUCAUGCUCUUUUUAUGGACUGUACACAUGACAAUGAGGUGCCGAACCAAAAGAGAAAAGUCGAGGACACGCUGACAACUGCGGCCUUAGUAUCAUUCUGUUCGUGUGCUGUGGGUAGCGUGUAUGGUUAUGACGAAUGUUUCCCUGAACUACUUGAUCUCGUUAACGAAAAAAAACUUUACAAUCCUUCAAGUAACAACGGAAUACCUUAUGUAAAGUCGAGGUUGAGUUAUAUUAGGGAGUUUCUGUCUCACCAAUCAUUGGACCAUUCUGAAAACAACGAGGUGCAUGUUCACCACGAAGGGCAAUUUGUUACGGUGCAUCGAACUAAUUCAAAAACUGGCCGGGGUUACUUCCUCAUUGCCCGAACUAAGUUUGAAGAGGGCGCACAUGAAACGUUACCCACAAUUAACCUUAGUGGGACCAGAGUGAACCACGAGUUUUCGUUUUCCCUCAGACAAAAGAAAGAUUAUGAUAUUUCUUUUGAUCCGAAGUACUUACCCGAAGUCCCAGUUGACCUUGUAGAGUUAAGCCCCCCUCAAGUGAGCUUCAAUGAGUCUACCAAGAAAUCUUGUAUCACACUGCCUGAAUUUUUUCCACAGGGUUCAAUAACCAUUCUAUCUACUCUAAUGGAAAGUGUUGAUGAGGAGUUAGAGAAAUUUACUACUACUGGAGCAAUUGAAGCUACUGAAGAGUUGUCGCUUAUAGAUCUCCAGGCAAUAUUAUACCGUUGUGAAUCUGAGGAAAGAGACGCAAGCGCUGGAAGGGAUGGUACCUAUGAUAUACCGGGACAUGGUCGUCUGGUUUAUGCAGGCCUUCAGGGCUGGAUCAGCGUUUUGAAGGAUGUUAUCAAGAAGAACGAUCUAGCCCAUCCUAUUUGCGAGCAUUUGCGGGAAGGUUCUUGGGCUUGCGAUUAUGUUACUAAUAGGUUGAACAAAUUUGUCGAGUUGAGUCAAAAUCCUGAUGCCGUAAAUCGCUUUAGAAAAUGGCUUCGGUUCAGAAUGGAUCGCAUCAAGCAAGUGCCCUAUUUUCUACUGCCCCGUUAUUUUUGCAUUGUUAUCGGAGUAGCAUACGAGGCAUUGAGAUUUCGGGCUCUUUCCUUAAUGUCUCCCAUGAUCCAAACAGGUACACGGUUUCUGCAAAAUCUUUCUUUGGUCUCAGUUCAAAUGGUCGGAUGUAUGAAUUCAGCAAGUCUAACCCCAAAAGAAAUGAUUCCAUCAAUGGCAGCUGGUCUACCGCAUUUUAGCUAUGAUUACAUGCGAUGUUGGGGUAGAGAUAUUUUUCUUUCCUUGAGAGGGCUUCUUUUAGCUACAGGAAGAUAUGACGAGGCCAAGUCGCAUAUAGUUAACUGUGGAAAAACACUUAAACAUGGGUUGAUACCAAAUUUAAUAGGAUCGGGCGCUGAGCCAAGAUUUAAUGCUAGAGAUGCUGUAUGGUUUUAUGCCCAAAGUAUUCAAGAUUAUGUGCGUGAGGUCCCAAAUGGUCAUGAAAUUCUUCAAGAGAAAGUCGAAAGGAGGUUUUUACCGUUUGACGACUCUUGGUUUCCAAUCUCCGACCAGAGAGCUUAUUCGGUGACGUCAACUAUUGAAGAAUUACUUUACGAAAUUCUUUCGAGACACGCUUCUGGGAUCAGCUAUCGGGAAGCCAAUGCAGGCCCCAACUUAGACUCUCAGAUGUUGAAUGAGGGUUUCAAUGUAAGGGUAACCGUGGAUUGGAAUAAUGGCCUUAUCUUUGGAGGGAACCAGUAUAAUUGUGGAACUUGGAUGGACAAGAUGGGAGAAAGUGAAUCAGCAGGCAAUAAAGGAAUACCCGGUACCCCAAGAGAUGGAGCAGCAAUAGAGAUCAUAGGAUUGUUGAAGAGUACACUUCAGUUUGUUGUUGACCUGCAAAAAAGGCGGUUGUUUAAAUUCAGUAAAGUUACGAACCAGCACGGAAACGAGGUCACUUUUGAGAACUGGAAUGCUUUAGUGGCCAAAAAUUUCGAACGUUGUUUUUAUGUUCCUGAGAAUCCUUCUGAUGAUGGCAACUAUGACCUUGACUCGGCUAUCAUCAACAGAAGAGGGAUUUAUAAGGACUUAUAUCGGUCUGGAAAACCCUAUGAAGAUUAUCAGUUGAGACCCAACUUUUGCAUUGCUAUGUGUGUUGCUCCAGAACUAUUCACCCCGUCUUUUGCGCUAAAUUCUCUUAAGAAGGCGGAUAUACUUAUUAGAGGCCCUAUAGGCAUGUCAACGCUGGAUCCUUCUGAUUUGAACUAUCGUCCCUACUACAACAAUAGUGAAGAUUCAACGGAUUUUGCAACUGCGAAAGGACGGAACUACCAUCAAGGACCUGAAUGGGUUUGGUUAACCGGUUUCUUUUUGCGAGCUUUCAGAUCUUAUCAUCUUAAGGAGGUUGAUUUUUGUAGGAACGAAAAAGGAGAUCAAAGCACUCAUUUAGACUUAUUACUUUCCCAGCGGCUGUCUGCCCAUAGGAGCUGGAUUGCAGAAAGCGUUUGGGCAGGACUCACAGAAUUAACCAAUAGAGGUGGUUCGUAUUGUCCGGACUCCAGCCCCACGCAAGCAUGGAGUGCAGCCACGUUGAUCGAACUUUACCAUGAUAUCUAUCUGCAUGAGGAUUAG